GAGUUUGACGCUCGGCGCAACGGAUGUUUUUCCGCGCACCGCGACGACGACGAGAAGAAGAAAAAAAAAAGCCUAUGCACAUGUAACGCGCGUCGUUGCGCGUAUACGUGUAUUAUAAAUCCUAAUAAUAAAAUUAUCGUACCUCAACUGUGCGCGCGUGUAUACGUGAAAAUCGGUAGCGAGUAAAGGGCUCUCGAGACUAGUGUGCGUGUGUGUGUUUAUUUGAAUUUUGCGCCCUGCGUUUUAUAUAUAUAUAAUACAACGAGAAGAAGAAAUCGGCAGCGGGGCGGACCGCGGCGCAGGAUUCUGGAAUGUUAAUUGCAUAAGUGCAGCGCAGCGCUGUAUACAGUCGCGCAUAAGCGAGAUAUUAUAUACGCACAGAAAAAGAAAAGAAAAGAAAAGGAUGUCGUUCUUCAAGUCGCUGAAAGUCAGCGCGUCCGCCGGUCUGAAUCGUUUGACUAAACAAAAAAACAACAACAACAACAACAGUAGAAAAGAGGAAUCCUGUACGGCGACGACACCGAUCGAAACAAGCGAUCAUCAUCAUCAUCAUCAUCAUCAUCAUCAUCGAUACUCCACGUACAGCAACAACAACUGCAACGACUACUACGAGCCGCAGAUAGCCGAGCCGCAGCAGGAGCCGUUGCUGCCGCAGUCCACGCCCAACAACAGCAACAGCAACAGGACGAACGGCAGCAGCAGUAGCUUCGGAGAUGAACAUCGGCAGUCACAGCAGCAGCAGCAGCAGCAACACGUGCCGUUCUACUGUCAAUUGGCGCAUGGCAGCCCGACCGCCGUCGUCCAGGACUUUCAUUGUCUGCGCGAGCUCUACUUCAAGAUAGCCCAGGCUUUUCACAUAAGGCCCGAAGAUAUACUGUACUGCACGCUCAACACGCACAAGACCGAGAUGAGCCAAGUGGUCAGCGGCGAGAUCGGCUUGAACGACUUCAUAUUCGUCCACGUCAAAGGCCGCGCCAAGGAGAUCGAGCUGGUCAAGACCGAGCAGACGCUCGGCCUGACUCUCGCGGACAACGGCCAGGGCUGCGUCUUCGUCAAGCGCAUCAGGCCCAACUCCAUCAUGGAUCGUCUGCGCGUCGUCCAGGUGGGCGAUCACCUGGAGAAGCUCAACGGUCGCAGCCUCGUGGGUCGCAAGCACUUCGAGGUGGCCAAACUCCUCAAGCAGAUACCACGCGGCUCGAGUCUGCUGCUGCGUCUGGUCGAGCCGCUCGGUCGCUCACAGGGUUUCGCUCUCAUCGGACCCAGAACUUCGGCCGCGGCUGGCCCACGCAGCCGAGCCAAUCUCGCGAAUCUGUACUCGCUGGCACACCUGUACGGCAGCAAGUGCACGCUGCGCUUCAAGGCGGACGGCUUCGCGCGCAUCGAGGAGGUGAACACGGACGCCGCGAGUCUGUUGGAGAGGAUCGAGCAGGUGAAUCAGGCGCUGGAGGAUCAUCUGGGCAUAAGCGAUUACGUGCUGGCAGGGAGAUUGUGGGACAUCGCCCAGAACAAGAUCAACAGCAUGGAUCUGGCCAAGGCGAUCGACAGCACGAUGCCCGACGCCUACGACUUCCCGGACGACUUUAUAUUUCAGGUCUGGAAGAUCGCGUUCGAGGCGAGGAAGCGUUGACGGACGAUGAUGUAGAUUCGUAAAUUGUACAUAGAUAUAAUUUUCUGUUGUAGAUAUAUUUGUUAACCCGCGCACGUCGCGGAUAUUAAAAAUUAAAUAAUUUUGUUUUGACGCUACGAACGUAUACGUUGUAUUGUGCGAUAUUUUUUGUGAAUGAUGUUAGGGACACUGUAACUUCGAAUCGUUUAUAUUUAUAGAUUGUUAAAUGUACGAUGGAGAUUGUAACCGUACUUACUCGAUGAAAAAAUUUUACAGAAAUAAACGUUUUGUUGUUAUGAUACAUAUUGAGGAGUACCGCCACUCUAGGAACUUUUUUGCAACUUUUUUGAAUGGUACGUGUCUUAAAGUACUCAAAGAUAUUAUUUUUUAUUUAUUGUCAUUACAAAAUGAUGAAAAUAUCGAUUUUUUUUUUACUAAUGGAUACUAUUUUUGGGUAUUAGUGACACCUAGAACCAAAAAAAAAAGAACAUCCUUUUAAGUUGAAGAUUUUUUUAU